CCCUGCAACUAGAAGGGAGAACACAAGGAGAGAUGGCCACCCAAUCAAUGGAUUGUUCUUUGAGAAUCCAUUUGUUAAAAACUUGUUUUGCUUCAAAAUCACCAAAGUUAGGGCUUUCACCAUCAGAUGCUCUUCUCUCCCUCUUUCCAGUCAUGGUGCUGCCAUUGGCUUGGGUGAAACACCUUGGAAGGUAGCAGAUGCCAGACUUGUGCUUGAAGAUGGUUCAAUUUGGAGGGCCAAAUCAUUUGGGGCUUUGGGAACCAAGUGGUUGCAGCUGGAUUUGUACUCAGCUCUCAACCUGUCAAAGAGUUACAAGAUUAUGUUGCGGGGUUGUCUUAUUGUGUUAUGUCCAUA